CAAUAUGCGGCUCGGUGCGGCGGUGGGAACCACAGCUAACCACCGGAAAGAUGUAAACCAAGUAUAUGACUAAGCCGUGUCACAACAAAGAGAGCAGACGCUAUUUGCCAGAGAUAAGACGUUUUCCUUCCGACCAGCGGCGGGACUACACCGGCGGUUACCGCGUCGGGUCGCUCUCCCAAAGCAGCGGAGCGACUGCCGUAAGCAGCCAUCUUUUGUGCGAGAAUGGACGGGGCGACACGGCGGGCCUGCUCGGUCCUUGGCCGGAGCCGGAGCCUGAGCCGCGGUCUCACGGAGCUCAGCCCCCGCGGCUCGAUGCUGAAAACGGCGCUGCUGCUGUCGGUCAUCGGGCUGCUGUCCGGGCUGCCCGGCUUCACCGAGGCGAAGGAAUGCGACAAACCCUGCAUGAACGGGCAAUGCAACACCGCUACUGGCAGCUGUGUGUGCUUCCCCGGCUGGGUUGGGGACCAAUGCCAGCACUGCGGAGGGCGAUUCAGGCUGACGGGGCCCUCCGGGUAUCUGACCGACGGACCAGGAAACUAUAAGUACAAGACCAAGUGCACCUGGCUCAUCGAGGGACAGCCCAACAGCAUCCUGCGACUGCGCUUCAACCACUUCGCCACAGAGUGCAGCUGGGACCACCUGUAUGUUUACGACGGAGACUCCAUUUACGCCCCGCUGCUCGCCGCCUUCAGCGGUUUGAUAGUUCCCGAGCGUUACGGCAACGAGACGGUUCCUGAGGUCGUGUCCCAGUCCGGCUACGCUCUGCUGCACUUCUUCAGCGACGCCGCCUACAACCUGACCGGCUUCAACAUCUCCUACAGGGUGAACACGUGUCCCAACGACUGUUCGGGUCGGGGCGAGUGUCGCGUCGGGAACUCCACAGGCUCGGUGUACUGCGAAUGUGAAGACAAGUGGAAGGGGGAAGCCUGCGACAUCCCCUACUGCCAGGCCAACUGCAGCUACCCCGAGCGCGGCCGCUGCGACGCCAAAACCAAGACCUGCGUCUGCAAGUCGGAGUGGCAAGGUCCGGACUGCUCCGUCCGAGUGCCCGCCAACUCCUCUUUCUGGACCCGGGAGGAGUACGCCGAGUUCGGGCUGGCCAGGGCGUCCCACAAGGCCGUGGUGGACCAGGGCGUCAUGUGGGUGAUCGGGGGCUACGUCUUCAACGCCUCCGACUACCACAUGGUCAAAGCAUUCAACCUCAGUGCCAAGAGCUGGCUGCCCCUCGACCCGUCUGUCAACACCGUCACUCCGCGCUACGGCCACUCGCUGGCUCUGCACGAGGGGAAGAUCUACAUGUAUGGGGGGAAGAUUGACUCCACGGGGAACGUGUCCAGCCAGCUGUGGGUCUUCCACAUCCAGAACCAGACCUGGGUGCAGCUGAACCCGCGGCCCAAGGAGCAGUACGCCGUGGUGGGACACUCGGCCCACAUCGUGCCUCCCAUCCAGGAGGGGGCCAGUCCCAUCAUGCUGGUUCUGUUCGGGCACUGUCCUCUAUACGGUUACAUCAGCCAGGUGCAGGAGUACAACAUCGCUAAAAACACGUGGAGCGCCGUGGCAACAGACGGCGCGCUGGUGCAGGGCGGCUACGGCCACAGCAGCGUGUUCGACCCCGGCACCAGGGCCAUCUACAUCCACGGAGGCUACAAGGCCUUCAGCGCCAACAAGUACGGCCUGGCCGGGGAUCUGUACAAGUUUGACGUGGACAAGAGCAAAUGGACUAUUCUGAGAGACAGCGGCUUCUUCCGCUACCUCCACACGGCGGUGAUAGUGAGCGGGACCAUGCUGGUGUUUGGAGGGAACACACACAACGACACCUCCAUGAGCCACGGGGCCAAGUGCUUCUCCUCAGACUUCAUGGCCUACGACCUGGCGUGUGACGAGUGGACAGUGCUGCCCAGACCAGACCUCCACCAUGAUGUCAACCGCUUCGGGCACUCUGCAGUCUUCAGUGACAGUGUGAUGUAUGUGUUCGGCGGCUUCAACAGCCUGCUGCUGAGCGACGUGCUGAUGUACACCUCGCCCAGCUGCUCCGCCUUCUCCACCCCGGCGUCGUGCAGCCAGGCCUGGCCGGGGAUCCGCUGCCUCUGGAACAGCACGCUCGGCUCCUGCCUGCCCUGGGAGAGCAGCCCCGGCGUGCAGGAGCAGCAGCAGCUCCUGGCCUCCUGUAACGCCAGAUCAUAUGCUGAUUCGGAGAGGUGCGAGCAGUACACGGACUGCUACAGCUGCACCGCCAACACCAACGGCUGCCAGUGGUGCUCGGUCCAGUGUGUUUCCCUGGGAAGCAACUGCACCUCCUCCUCGGGCGCCAUAUUGGAGUAUGAAGUUUGCCCCAAGGACAACCCCUCGUACGUCUGCAACAAGAAAACCAGCUGCAAGAGCUGCGCCGUGGACCAGAACUGCCAGUGGGAACCUCGCAACCAGGAGUGCAUCUCACUGCCAGAGAACGUGUGUGGCGAAAGCUGGCACCUGGUGGGCAACUCGUGUCUGAAGUUCAUCACGGCCAAGGACUCGUACGACAACGCCAAGCUGGCCUGCAGGAGCCACAACGCCGUGCUGGCCUCGCUCACCACGCAGAAGAAGGUGGACUUUGUCCUGAAGGAGCUGCAGAUCAUGAGCGUGGUGUACAAGGCCACGGUGACGCCCUGGGUGGGACUCAGGAAGAUCAACGUGUCCUAUUGGUGCUGGGAGGACAUGUCGCCCUUCACCAACACCACCCUGCAGUGGCUGCCCGGCGAGCCCAGCGACGCCGGCUUCUGCGGCUACCUGGCUGAGCCGGCCUCCAGCGGCCUGAAAGCCCAGACCUGCAUCAACCCGGUGAACGGCAGCCUCUGCGAGCGCCCAGCCAACCACAGCGCCAAGCAGUGCCGGACGCCGUGCGCCAUGCGUGCCACCUGCAGCGAGUGCACCAGCAGCAGCUCCGAGUGCAUGUGGUGCAGCAACAUGAAGCAGUGCGUCGACUCCAACGCCUACGUGGCCUCGUUCCCCUUCGGACAGUGCAUGGAGUGGUACACCAUGAACAGCUGCCCACCGGAGAACUGCUCUGGCUACAGAACCUGCGGCCAGUGUCUGGACCAGCCCGGCUGCGGCUGGUGCACCGACCCCAGCAACACGGGGAAAGGCCAGUGCAUCGAGGGCUCGCACCGCGGGCCCUUCCAGACCUCUGUCCCGGCCCCCUCCACCCUGCCCGGCCUGCCCUCCAGCCCCCAGCCGGCCCUCAACGCCAGCAUGUGCCCCAGCGAGGCCAAAUACAACUGGUCCUUCAUCCACUGCCCAGCCUGUCAGUGUAACGGCCACAGCCAGUGUGUCAACGAGAGCGUGUGCGAGAAGUGCGAGGACCUGACAACCGGGCGACACUGCGAGAGCUGCAUCUCCGGUUUCUAUGGCGAUCCCACCAACGGGGGCAGCUGCCAGCCCUGCAAGUGUAACGGCCAUGCCAGCAUGUGCAACCCCAACAAUGGCAAGUGCUUCUGUACCACCAAGGGCAUCAAAGGCGACCGCUGCCACCUGUGUGAAGUGGAGAACCGCUACCAAGGCAACCCCCUCAAAGGAACAUGCUACUACACGCUCCUCAUCGACUACCAGUUCACCUUCAGCCUGUCGCAGGAGGACGACCGCUAUUACACCGCCAUCAACUUUGUGGCUACGCCUGAGGAGCCGAACCGCGAUCUGGACAUGUUCAUCAACGCCUCCAAGAACUUCAACCUGAACAUAACGUGGGCCACGAGCUUCACUGCAGGGACGCAGACCGGGGAGGAGAUUCCCAUCGUGUCCAGGAGUAACAUCAAGGAGUUCAAAGACAGCUUCUCAAACGAGAACUUUGAUUUCCGCAAUAACCCAAACAUAACCUUCUUUGUCUACGUCAGCAACUUCACAUGGCCCAUUAAGAUUCAAAUCGCCUUCUCCCAGCACAGUAACUUCAUGGAUCUGGUGCAGUUCUUCGUCACGUUCUUCAGCUGCUUCCUGUCCCUGCUGUUGGUCGCCGCCGUGGUGUGGAAGAUCAAGCAGAGCUGCUGGGCGUCACGGCGACGGGAGCAACUGCUGAGAGAGAUGCAGCAGAUGGCGAGCCGGCCUUUCGCCACCAUCAACGUCGCCCUGGAGACGGACGAGGAGCCGCCUGACCUGAUAGGAGGAAACGUCAAGACCGUCCCAAAGCCCAUCGCCCUUGAGCCCUGCUUCGGCAACAAGGCCGCCGUGCUCUCCAUCUUCGUGCGGUUACCCAGAGGCACCGGCGGCAUCCCUCCUCCAGGACAGUCCGGCCUUGCCGUGGCCAGCGCCCUGGUCGACGUGUCCCAGCAGAUGUGUGUGGGCUACAAGGAGAAGUCGGGCGGCCUGAGGAACCGCAAACAGCAGCCCAGCGCACAGCCAUCCACCUGUAUCUGACCACGCCCACAUCCUCCACCUGCCCCGCCCCAUGCUCUCCCAUCAGCCACUCGCCUCAGCCCCCUCCCUCAGAGACCACCCCAGCCCCGCCCCGGUGGGGAGAGGUGCACGCUGGGAUACUGGGACGCAGGACUGGAACUGUUAAAGAGUCAAGGAGGGGGUGGGGGGGAGGGGGUGGCUGCGUCAUCUUGUUGGACUGAAGCCUCAGCAGACCUCCGCUCCUCAUUCCUCCAACGGGAACUCAGAGUCCCCUCAAAUUGAUAGAAACUGGACAUGGAGGAGAGGGAGGGAGUGGAGGGGGGGCGACAGGGGUGCCCACCUCACCCCGUCGCCCCGGGAAAAAAAAAAAAAGACGUUUGUCCGACACCGCCUCGUUAGCGUGGAGGCGGCCACGGCUUGCUGCUAGAAGAGAUCCUUGUCUCGUAGUUUUCGACGAAUCCAGAGACUUUGCAACCCUACUUUGGUCAUGUUAUACUUAAGUUAUUAUUGUUGUUAUUAUUGUUUUUUGUUGUUUUUUUUAAGGCAGGAACUAACUGAAUACAUUCAAGACACUCAGACAUGCACACAAACACAUAAACACACUUACUUCCAUUCCUUUAAAGUACCCCAGCCCCUGUACCCAUUUGUAGCCCAUUGUCGCCUGCUGUCGUGUUCAUGGCUCAGCACUAAAGGCCGGUGUCGCCGGAGUCCUGUACAGUUUGGCCUCCACGCAAACUAAAAGCAUGUUCAGCCUUCUUUUAAUGAGGAUUUACUGUGGAAGGCUGGCCGUGCGAGCAAAGCCCCUCUGAAGAGUCUGCGGCAUUUCUAAUCGGCCUCCCCGCGUAUCGCCGCUGUCUUUUCUGUGGCCUGUCUGGAGCUUUGUCUUUCUGCCUGUCUCUCUGUCUCUCUGCCCAUCUGGCUGCGGAUCCGUCUGCCUCUCCGGCUCCACUGGCGUCGCGGGACGGCGGCUGCGCGCAGAACAGAGCGCGCAGGACCGUGGCGGCAUCUCAUCCGCACUGGAAUCCGGCUGGAUAGCAACCCAGCGGUGAUUGAGACUUUUCCAGCUAAUUACUCUUCCAGCCGCCGCGACAGCCAAACCCCGAACAUGCACACAAACAGAUUUAGUUGCCACGCAGGACUCUAACACACUAACACACACACACACAGCACAACAGUUGGUCGUGAGAAAACCCUUCGGUGUUUAACGAUUGUCCCUUUGGCAGCGCCGUGUUUCGCGCGGUGCUCCCGGCUCAUGUGGAACAGGCUUCCUAUAGAUCUGCUGACUCUGAUUGACUGAAGUGAUUAGGCUGAUCUGCAUGAGGGGAACUGGGGCCACAGUUCAGAGGGGGGUUGGGUGCUGUCGAGACUGGAACCUCUAAGAUCGUUGCCCGAGAAAUCCAUAGCCCCUAAUUGCUGCUCCCGUGUCCCCGAACGCAACGCAUGCCCCCGACCCAUCCCAGCCCCCCCCCCCACCACCGCUCGAUGGCGAUUGUUCCAUGUCCCUGAGCUAUCUAAGGCCGGCCAAUUAGCCUCUGCCGCUGUGACGUCUGUGCUGCUAUUGAUGUGGCUAUAGUCAAGCCGCUAACGCCAACGCUAAGUGGUACCAGGGUAACAACACGGAGCACGGGGCUGCAGAGCGCACAGCCACAAUGUGCGAGGGUCAAAGGAGAGAUUGUCUGUUGCCAUAUUGGCAUCUUUGUUAAAUGGAACUGUUAAAUUGACCACGUCCAGUUGUCACGCUGUAGGCCUUGGGUAUUGAUUUUAAAGAAAGAAAAAAAAAAGCAUUGCUUUUUCUUGAAAUUACCUCUUGAAAUUAUCUCUGCCUGGUCUCCUGGGCUUCUUCCAUUUUGUGCUCUAUGUGUGAGAUUUCUCAGAGCAACUUCUUUUUUUUUGCCCCUUUGUAUCUGUUUUACCUGUCCUCUCAGCAAGCCUUAUCUUAAAUCACCGGCCCAUUUUUAAGGAAACAUUACUUCUUAUUGUCAAGGGGGAAGAUGAGGGAAAACAGAAUGGGAAAAACACAAGGCAAACACAGACACCCACAAAAAACUCAGGCUGCUUGUUUAAAACAGAGCUGUUACUUUGAAAUGUCAGAAGUAAUUUUAAGUCUUGUAAGGGCAUCAGGGUGGCAGAAGCAUAAAGCAGCAUCCUACAGGGAUGCUGGCUUUGCUUUGUCCGGUCUUUGUUUGUUGCCUUUUCUGCCUUUUCCCCCUCAGUGCACCAAACACAGGAUAUCAGAGCAGGCGUGCACCGGUCCAUACUGGUGGUCUUUGCCGAGCAUUGCUUCUGCAGGCUAUUAAUUGAAGCCACAGCCAUGCCUAUAUAUAUAUAUAUAUAUACAUACAGCUCCUUCUGCUCACAAGCCCUGCUAAGUUAUUAACUCCGCACCUUCAGAGAUGUACAGUAAUAGAACAAUUUAUUAACUCCCAUCCUGCUGCAAAGAGCUCAUUGUAUUUAGUUCGAACUUUUCACGUGUGUUCAGCAUACUAGAACUGCCUGGGCGUCUGGUUAAAGGGCACAUUUUUAGCACUGGGAAAAUGUCAGAGCAGAAAGCAUGAACAAAAUUGACUUUCUGUAAUUAUAGAGAGCCGGAUAUCUGGCCGCGCUCACAACUCUCAUCAGCCGCCCUGACCAGCAUCGCCGCGACGCACACGAGAAUCAGAGCUCUUUGUUUGCAUUCCCUUUACUCUGCUACCCGUCAUGUUUCCUUAUUUCCCUACCACAGCACUCCCCUCGCUCAGUGAUCAGGCCCGGUUUUAGGUGUUGGUGACGUCUUAACGCUCUCACUUCUACAAAGAAUUGAGGGUGGGAUUCGACACACCUAGCUGUGGCUGCUGAAUUUGUCCCCCCCAGCCAGCCUCCCUCGCAGAUAGCCGACCAUCGUUUGGAGGUGCUGUUCGAUUCUAAACACCUAGUUGGCUUGUAAAACACUUGGACUGAUGGACUUUGGGGAAAAAACUUCAGGAAAACUCAGUUUCCAUAGAGACCAAAUUUGGACCAGAGUGUUUUUGCAAAUAAUGGUUCCCAUUCGUUUUAACUCGCCCGGUCGCAGAUGGAUGAGGCGUGACUCAUCGGACAAUUAAUUCAGCGUGUGCUCGUAAGUCAGGACACAGUUUAAUACACUCGGCUGUGACUCGGCGACUGAGUGCUGUCUAAAAAUGGCCAGAUGCAGUGAACUCCACUCAUCUGGUGCUCCAAGUAGGUUAGAACAAACACCUCAGAAAGGCCGGAGCUCGUGUGUGACUCAGAUCUGAUGGGGACCGGAGAGAAGGAAGUCACUGUUUGAGUCUGGUAUUUAUUUUACUCAUCUCGUGUGCGUUGGUGAAGCCUGCAGCCCAUAACUGGACGGUCACAGGUCUACACUCACAAUCGCAACGUCGCCUGUUGAAGUGUGUUUGAGGUCGACUCCUGAACCCCUGAUGCUGAAAACGCCUAGAAGCAAAUGUGUCUCCCUGAUGUCCGACAGCAUCAGCAGCAGUCUCACUUUAACAGGGGCAACUCUGGGAUCAGUCUACAUGUAAUAUAUUUCAUAUUCUGUACAUGAAGGGUUUCAUUUCUGAAGUUUCAUUUGCAUUUUGGACAAAAGUAAUUACCUGUUCAUGUUCAUUCCUCAAUAAAAAAAAAAAAAAAACAACAUUAAAAAAAAAAACAGGUGAUUACAUCUUCUGAUAACAUCCAAUAACAUUUUGUAAGGAGACUCUACAUGUAAUAACUCCAAAACCUGUUCAGUUUUGAGUUGGUUGAAACGAAGAGAGACUUUUUCAUAUAUGCAUUGCUUUCUUCUUUCUUCUCAAGGAAUCUGUUCCACGGCUGAUUCACAUGUACUGUAGUAAUAAUUUCACAAAAGGUGGAAGAUUGUUUGUUUGUAAAUGAAUGUAUAAUGAGAUAAAGAGCUGUGUGGGGGGGCAAGGCCCAAAAAAACAAAAAAACAAAAAAAAAAAAACACCUGUAAACUGGAACUCAUUGGCAACAGUGUGUAGUCCUAGCAGCCUGCAGCCGGAUCCUUCACCAGUCCCUCUGCGGCCCGGGGCAGCAGGGUCAGGAGAGACAGUCCCGUAACCAAAAGGUCGCAGGUUCAAUCCAGGUAACAGCCACUUUGUCUUGUUUUCUCGAGCGAGACACCAAACGCUUCAAAUUGUAAAUUUCCAGCUCAGCACAACAGCCACCCUGCCCCGUUGCCGCCCACCGCCUCGCAAAAAAAUACCCUCCCCAUCGCUUGGUGAUGCAGGCAACCAGAUCCUGGGUCUGAUGGUAUAUGCAAAAUGAAUCCUAGGCGUUUGUUUUAACCUGUGCGGAGUGCCAGACGGGUGGGGUUUAUUGUAUAUGGAGAGUCAAGUUGCCAGUUUAAGAUAAUCUGUGACAGAAAAGCAUGCCAAACUGACUUUGAGAUCCUGAUUGCCUGAUCUUUCUGGAUCUUAUUUUGUUAUCCUGUGUGGCCAGUCCCACCCAGCUGGCACUCCAAUAACAAAAAAUAAAUAAAUAAAAUACUAUUUGACCCAGAUCUGCUGUCAGCAGCCACCCACAGGGUUCCUGCACAGGUCUGCAAAGUGUCAAAGUCCAUGAGCCAUGAAUUUUUUUGCAAAAUACAAGAAACACUAUCAUUUGUCCCGUCAUGUCCCAUAUUGUUGAAUGCGUUGAUCUGUGGUUGCGGGGGGGGGGGAUACGGCCGAGCUGACACUCAUCGUUCAGCAGUGAUCAGCAAAUAUCACAUUUAAAGCUGCACUGAGCAAGACUUUCACCUACAAAUGCGCCCGCUUGGCUUAAAUUACCGAGUGAAGCUGCAACGUGAAAGACAUAAAAGCCACGUUUUCCCAAAUGAAUGUCCGGUGGUGGGUGUGGAUCGUGGAAUGAAUCGAUCAAAUGAAUCAAAACUUGGAGCGAAAUCCAAAAUUGCCUCCUAAAGAGUUAAUAAUGAAGUGCUCCACCCAAAGAAAUGAGAACUCCCCCUCUCUUUUCUUGGCAUCACAGCUCGGUAAACGUACGGAAGCCCGUUGCGGACAUUCGAAGCCGCCAACGGGUCGUGCAGCUUUAACCCUGAACGGGAUGUGGACAAAACGCUCAAAAUACACCACAUCCCCUGGAAAAAAAGUGAUUUUUACCAAGGGAAAUGUGGAGGAACCCUGUAUGCAUCUUUCUGCCCACCCGACACUGUCCGCCAUCGUCGUGCCAUCGUACCGAGGAGUCCGUCUCGAUCCUGAGAGGCGAGGGAUUCCCUCCAUCCCGCCCCGCUCUCCAAGCCUCAAACCUUCUCGGGUAUCACCUGACUUCACACCGGCCUUAUUCCGGGGUGUGUUAAUACUCACAGAAGAGUGUAUUAAAUGCACAAUUUACUGUGUGAGUGCUUUUUUGGAAAUCCCCCCCCCCCCCCCCCCCCCCCCCCCCCCCCCCCCCUCCACUCGUGCUUCAAAAACCCAAGUUUUCACAAAGCGCCCGCAAAUAUUAAUUUGAACAUAAAACGCUUUUCCCCAUAGGUGAAUCCACAGGAAUAAGGCGUCUAGUUUGUAUUUCAGGUGUUACCCUCUCUUCCUUUCUCUCUCUCUCUUUGUAUAGCGGCAUUAUAUAUACUGAGGAAGUAGUUUGUUAAUAUGUAUAAUUUAGCAACAUUGCUCUGUUUUUUCUUUUGUAAAUAACGAGAAAGUAUUGUGAAUGACAUUUGUUGAAUGGUUUAAAAAAAAAAAAAAAAAGAAAAUCAUUUAUGGCGAAACUCUCCAGGCUUUUAAAAUGUGAGUACAGUACAUAGCAUAUUUUGUAUGUAAGGCGGCAAAGACGAACAAGCAUUACUAGAAGCUGAUGAAACUACGUGUAAAACUUGAGGAUAAUAGCUUACUGAACUUGUAAUUACCGAUGUACAUAAAAGAAUGACAGAACAUUUUUGUCUAUUAUUAAAUGUGAAAAUCC